AUGUGAGUAGUUAAAUCAUACGAAUUCACGUUACCAUUUUAACAUUCCACAUUACCUUUAAGUAAACCUUCAUUAGUUAAAAUGUAUAAAUAAGUAUCCAUUUUCAUUGCUAAUGUCUUUCUCUCUUUUAUCAUCAAUGCCAAUGGCAAGAAACAUCAUCAAAACUCUCUCCUUCUUCUUUCUCCUUGCCGCAACGGCUCCUUCAUUCUCCACCGCAACCUCCGCCACAGACACAUUCGUCUACGGCGGCUGCUCCCAGCAAAAAUUCUCUCCGUCCUCUGCUUAUGAGUCAAACCUCAACUCUCUUCUCACUUCUCUAGUCAACUCCGCCACAUACUCAUCCUACAACAACUUCACCAUCAUGGGCUCUUCCUCCUCGGACACAGCCCGUGGCCUCUUCCAAUGCCGCGGUGACCUCUCCAUGCCCGACUGCGCUACGUGUGUGGCACGUGCCGUCUCUCAAGUUGGCCCUCUUUGUCCUUUCACCUGCGGUGGAGCACUCCAGCUAGCCGGCUGCUACAUCAAGUACGAUAAUAUCAGCUUCCUUGGCCAAGAAGACAAGACCGUUGUCCUCAAGAAGUGUGGACCCUCUGAGGGUUACAACUCUGAUGGGAUCGGCCGGAGAGACGCCGUUCUCACGGAGCUAGUCAACGGUGGAGGGUAUUUUCGAGCGGGAGGGUCCGGUGAUGUUCAAGGUAUGGGACAGUGUGUAGGAGAUCUAACGGUAUCGGAGUGCCAAGACUGUUUAGGAACGGCCAUCGGACGGCUAAAGAAUGAUUGUGGCACGGCCGUCUUCGGAGACAUGUUCUUGGCUAAGUGUUACGCAAGAUAUUCAACUGAUGGGGCACAACACUAUGCCAAGUCUCAUAAUUAUAAAGCAAACUACGGAGGUGAAAGGACGUUUGCGAUCAUCAUAGGACUACUAGCUGCAGUUGUUCUUCUAAUUAUCUUCCUUCUUUUCCUCAGAGGUGUUUGCAGUCGUGGCGGAGGUAAAUAAAUGUCAAAGUUCUGAGGAUUCGCAAGAGCGUGGAUCUCAAAGAAGCAAAAAAAAAUCAGAUGAGAUGUAUAUCGCUUUGGAUUCUGUCAAAACUUUAUUUCUUUUUCUACUUUUUUCAGCAUAUUUUAAUUAUUUUUGUUUGGAUUGUUGUUACAUAAUACUUGUGAUAAUAAUUAUUUUAAAUGAAAAAGAGAUAAGAAAAGGAAGUCUUAAGAAAUGCAUAUCCGGUCCGAAACAAAGAUUACGACUAAAGCAACAAAGUAAAAGGGGGAUAGCAAAAGAGAGAGGUCGAAAACUAAAAGCAAAAGUUUAUGUCGAUCCUUUAUAUGUCAAAUGGCAUAUAUUCUCUUCUAAAGAUACCAAAUUGUAUAAUAUUAUUCUCAAAUGUUACCUUCA